AUGAUCUACAAAUCGAAAAUCAACACAGAAACAAACCGUGCACCUCUUUCUCGCAGAUCAUCCGUCGACCUUGACGGUAUCAGGGACUUCACCAUCACCGUGGAUAUCUCCCUCCUCCUCAAGGACCCGGACUCUAAUGAGUCCCAGACCACAUCACCACCCGACAGAAACCAAACAAGAUCUACAUCCGUUCAGUCAUCAAUCACACAACCCGAAAUACCAAACUACGCUGCUGCCGUUUCUGCAGCCGGCGGAAAAAGAAGUAUGGGUGCCCAUCCAUCAGAAUCUCCUGCUAAGAAGCAAAGUAAAUGGUCGGCCGACGAAGAUGCUCUAAUCAUUGAUCUAAGAGGCAGUGGGAUGAAGUGGGAAGAUAUCUCUAAGAGGCUACCGGGUCGAAGUGCUAUUAGUUGUCGGUUACAUUAUCAAAACUAUCUGGAACGUAGGAGUGAAUGGGACGAAGAACGAAAGAACAAACUCGCUAGACUCUAUGAAAGGUUCAAGCAAGAAAUGUGGUCAAAAGUGGCUGAAGAAAUGGCAGUUCCAUGGCGAGCAGCAGAAGCCAUGCACUGGCAACUCGGCGAAAACGAUAUGGCAAGACGUGCUGGUGUCGUUCCCUUCUCUCUCUCAAGCGUAACUCUCGAUGCUCCAUCUUCUGGUUCGAGAGCUUCGCCUGCGAGAGGUCAUUCAUAUAGUCAAUCCACAUCUAGCACGAUGAAUUCAGCAUCUGGAGGUUCUCGAUACAGUAGACCUGGUACCGCACAAGGAAAUCCAAACCCAAGAGGUGUAGGAGCCACUCGUACAAUCGCCGCCAGGAGAGAAAGCACACCUAGAUCGGUACCACCCACGAGCCCAACAGAUGGCCUGGCCUUGGCGGCCAUUGGAGGCGGUGGGGGCAUGAUGAUGGGUCAGGGUAGAGGAGGAUAUCUACCUAGUUUGUCGGAAAUGACCACAGGUAUGAGUCCGUAUAGUACGCCUGCUUAUGCGAUGUCGAUGCCCGCGCAUUCGAGUGGCUACUCGAGUGGAUAUCCGAGUCCUGGCCCUGGACCCCUCCUACCGGCUAUUGGCAUGUUGGGUCAGAGGAACGAUGGGAAGAGAAGGGGGAGUCCGGAGGGUGGGGCACGGGAUAGUAUUAGGAGGAGACAAUGA